UAGAUUUUAGUGACAUUUGAUUAUAAUUAUAAAUUUUAUUAAUAUGCUGCGUUUCCAAUACGAGGUCCAGAAACCAAACUUGUUAAACUGCAAGGGCCGCCAAUAAAGAUAUCUGCCGGUGAGAGAGAGACAAACGAUUUUCUCUGCCAAGUGUUUUUGUUGUAUCUAUUAUUAAUAUUAACAUUCCAAUAUCUGAAAUAUUUAUACUCUAACAUUUCGGAUGAUGUAGUCCGCUGGGCGCAAGGUACCUGCUUCAUAUUUAGCGCGUUUGGAACUCCAUAAACGCAAGGCAUGGAUGGAACAUGUGUCGACAAUGUCAUGCUAAGCUAUAACGCAUCAACAAAGUUUUCAACACUGGCAUAAACAAUGUUAUCAACAACAAAGAGGACAAAAUCGAGUGCAUGUGAAGAAAAUUGUGUAACUUUGUGCAUAUAUUAUGUUGGAAAGUGGCGCAGCGGCAGAGAGGUCUUGAUCCUAUCAUUAUACUUAUACAAUUUCGAGUUGUCGAUGAUCUACGCGAAAAUGCAACAGCCUGGUAAGGCCAAGCCAGGGAAAAAGACGAGACUUAUCUACUGUCCUAGUCGAUUCUACAUAUACGAUGUUAAUUUGAGAGAACAGAAAUCAGAUCCAAUUUUUGUGGCAGUGUACCUAUUACAGUAUGUGCUUCGUAGUAACAUUAGUUACUGCUUAGUCUAAAGAUUUACAAUAUGAUCGAUUUUAUGUCGCGUGCAAAAAAAGAUGUAUACCUUUU